CUGUUGAAUUUCCCUGUAGAGCGCAACAGGAACUCCAGCUCAAGCUCCGGGCCCGCGACAACAUUUACUACGGGCAACAUUCCUCCGCAAACUCCCUCAGCAAUUCCAAACUUCAGCGGAUUAACCGACGAAAACGACUUCGAGAGUUCUCCCUCACCCUCCGCAGGCUUCAAAAUCACAACACAAAAUGCACGCUUGACUAGCUGGAGCGGAUAGUUUGUCCUGGAAAACUCAAGUAAAGGAGUCAUGGCAUCUACAGUGACUUUAGAAGAUGCUCUGUCCAACGUGGACCUGCUGGAGGAGCUGCCGCUCCCAGAUCAGCAGCCCUGCAUUGAACCUCUUCCGUCCUCCCUUAUUUACCAGCCCAACUUCAACACCAACUUUGAGGACCGCAAUGCCUUCGUGACAGGCAUAGCACGAUACAUCGAGCAGGCCACCGUCCACUCCAACAUGAAUGAGAUGUUGGAAGAAGGUCAGGAGUAUGCCGUGAUGCUUUACACAUGGAGGAGCUGCUCAAGAGCCAUUCCUCAGGUGAAGUGUAAUGAACAGCCCAACAGAGUGGAAAUCUAUGAGAAGACAGUGGAGGUGCUGGAGCCUGAAGUCACCAAACUGAUGAACUUCAUGUAUUUUCAGCGAACAGCAAUAGAUCGCUUCUGUGGGGAAGUGCGACGCCUUUGUCACGCAGAGCGUAGGAAGGACUUUGUGUCUGAAGCCUAUCUUCUUACACUGGGGAAGUUCAUCAACAUGUUUGCAGUGCUUGAUGAACUUAAGAACAUGAAGUGCAGUGUGAAAAAUGACCAUUCGGCCUACAAGAGAGCUGCUCAGUUCCUGAGGAAAAUGGCUGAGCCGUCCUCCAUUCAGGAAUCUCAGAACUUAUCCAUGUUCUUGGCUAACCACAACAAGAUCACUCAGUCCCUACAGCAACAGCUUGAGGUGAUCAAUGGAUAUGAUGAGCUGUUGGCAGAUAUUGUCAACCUCUGCGUAGAGUACUAUGAAAACAAGAUGUACCUCACUCCCAGUGAGAAACACAUGUUGCUCAAAGUAAUGGGCUUUGGUCUCUAUCUGAUGGAUGGAAACAACAGCAACAUCUACAAAUUGGAUGCCAAGAAAAGAAUCAACCUUACAAAGAUUGACAAGUUUUUCAAGCAACUGCAGGUGGUGCCUCUGUUUGGUGACAUGCAGAUUGAACUGUCCCGCUACAUCAAAACCAGUGCUCACUAUGAGGAAAACAAGUCCAGGUGGUCAUGCACAUCGACAGGCAGUAGUCCGCAGUAUAAUAUCUGUGAGCAGAUGAUACAAAUCCGUGAUGACCACAUGCGCUUCAUUUCUGAGCUCGCCCGGUACAGCAACAGUGAGGUGGUGACAGGUUCAGGGCGGCAAGAGUCCCAGAAGACAGACUCCGAGUACAGGAAGUUGUUUGAUCUGGCUCUGCAAGGCCUACAGCUACUCUCUCAGUGGAGCGCACAAGUCAUGGAAGUGUAUUCAUGGAAAUUGGUGCACCCCACAGACAAAUACUCCAACAAAGAAUGCCCAGACAAUGCUGAGGAGUAUGAACGUGCUACCAGAUACAACUACACCAGCGAGGAGAAAUUUGCCCUGGUGGAGGUUAUUGCCAUGAUAAAAGGCCUGCAGGUUCUGAUGGGCCGAAUGGAGAGCGUCUUUAACCACGCUAUCCGUCACACCAUCUACGCAGCCCUGCAGGACUUUGCUCAAGUGACGCUAAGAGAGCCACUGCGCCAGGCCAUCAAAAAGAAGAAGAAUGUCGUCCAGAGUGUCCUCCAAGCCAUCCGUAAGACCAUUUGUGAUUGGGAGACGGGCAGAGAGCCACACAACGACCCGGCGCUGCGAGGCGAGAAAGACCCUAAAGGCGGAUUCGAUAUCAAAGUUCCCCGGCGGGCCGUAGGACCCUCCAGCACUCAACUGUAUAUGGUCAGGACGAUGCUGGAGUCUCUGGUUGCUGAUAAGAGCGGUGCUAAGAAAACUCUGCGCAGCAGUCUGGAGGGGCCCACCAUCCUGGACAUCGAGAAGUUUCAUCGCGAGUCCUUCUUCUACACUCACGUGCUCAACUUCAGCGAGACACUGCAGCAGUGCUGUGAUUUGUCCCAGCUCUGGUUCCGUGAGUUCUUUCUAGAGCUCACAAUGGGCCGCCGCAUCCAAUUCCCAAUUGAGAUGUCCGUGCCCUGGAUCCUCACCGACCACAUCCUGGAGAUUAAAGAGGCAUCUAUGAUGGAAUAUGUGUUGUAUUCACUUGACCUGUACAAUGACAGUGCACACUACGCCCUCACCAAGUUUAAAAAGCAGUUCCUUUAUGAUGAGAUUGAGGCUGAGGUGAAUCUCUGCUUUGACCAGUUUGUCUACAAACUCGCAGAUCAGAUUUUCGCCUACUACAAAGUGCUUGCCGGAAGUCUCCUUCUGGAUAAGAGACUAAGGGCUGAAUGUAAGAAUCAGGGCGCUAACAUCCCCUGGCCCCCAUCCAACCGCUACGAGACGCUACUCAAACAGAGACACGUCCAGCUACUGGGUCGUUCGAUUGACCUGAACCGACUGAUAACCCAGCGAGUGUCCUCCGCGCUUUACAAAUCCAUGGAGCUUGCCAUCAGCCGCUUUGAGAGCGAGGACCUCACCUCCAUCAUGGAGUUGGAGGGUUUGCUGGAGAUAAGCCGAAUGACCCAUAAACUCCUGGGUAAAUUUUUGACACUGGACAGUUUUGAUGCCAUGUUCCGAGAGGCAAACCACAACGUCUCUGCGCCCUAUGGCAGAAUCACUUUGCAUGUCUUCUGGGAGCUCAACUAUGACUUCUUGCCCAACUACUGCUAUAACGGCUCCACGAACAGGUUUGUUCGCACGAUACUGCCGUUUUCACAAGAGUUCCAGAGAGACAAGCCGCCCAACGCCCAGCCACAGUACCUGUAUGGUUCAAAGCAAUUGAAUUUGGCAUACAGUAGCAUAUACGGCCUCUACCGACACUUCCUGGGACCACCACAUAUCAAGGUGAUCUGCAGACUGCUGGGAUAUCAGGGCAUCGCUGUGGUGAUGGAGGAGCUGUUAAAGGUCGUCAAGAGUCUGCUCCAAGGCACCAUCCUUCAGUAUGUGAAGACCUUGAUGGAAGUGAUGCCCAAGAUAUGCCGCCUGCCUCGCCACGAGUACGGCUCGCCAGGUAUACUGGAGUUCUUCCACCAUCAGUUGAAGGAUAUCGUGGAGUAUGCCGAGCUUAAGACCGUAUGCUUCCAGAACCUAAGGGAGGUUGGAAACGCUCUGCUCUUCUGCAUGCUGAGUGAACAGAGCUUGUCUCAAGAGGAGGUGUGCGACCUGUUGCAUGCAGCACCCUUCCAAAACAUCCUGCCAAGAGUUCACGUUAAAGAAGGUGAACGUCUGGAUGCAAAGAUGAAGCGAUUGGAGGCCAAAUACACAGCUCUGCAUAUGGUGCCUCUAAUCGAGCGUCUGGGAACCCCGCAGCAAAUUGCCAUCGCUCGUGAGGGUGACCUGUUGACCAAAGAGAGACUGUGCUGUGGUCUCUCCAUGUUUGAAGUCAUCCUGACUCGCAUCCGUGGUUACCUGGACGACCCAAUCUGGCGCGGCCCGUUGCCCAGCAACGGCGUGAUGCACGUGGACGAAUGCGUGGAGUUUCAUAGGUUAUGGAGCGCCAUGCAGUUUGUCUACUGCAUCCCUGUGGGAGCACACGAGUUCACUGUCGAGCAAUGUUUUGGAGAUGGACUCAAUUGGGCCGGUUGCAUGAUUAUCACAUUACUUGGUCAGCAUAGACGCUUCGAUAUCCUGGACUUCAGUUACCAUCUCCUAAAAGUGCAGAAACACGACGGCAAAGAUGAGAUCAUCAAGAGCGUGCCUCUCAAGAAAAUGGUUGACCGGAUUCGCAAGUAUCAGAUUCUGAACGAUGAGAUCUUUGCCAUUUUAAACAAGUACAUGAAGUCUGGGGACGGUGAGAACAUGCCAGUAGAACAUGUACGAUGCUUCCAGCCUCCCAUUCAUCAGUCAUUGGCCAGCAACUGAGAUUAUUGUACACUUGCACCAGAAGGGGGGAACAUUUAGUGAUCUCUAGGACCAGUUUCACUGUCACAUUCUACUUGCAAAGCCACCUUAUUACGCAAUACGCAGCCAAGAGAUUUGGCACCAAUCAUUUGUAACAUUAUUGGAUUUGCACGUCUCAGGUUUGGUCAAUCAGGCCAAAAUAUAUUUUUUAGCGGCCCAGUUUCACGCAGUGGUUUUUAGGGUGUACACACACGUGCCUUAUUAUAGAAAAAUUACUUUUAUCUUUUGCGUUAAUUGUAGCGCAGCACUACUCAUUUUCAUGUUUUAUACUUGGGGGGGGGACGGAUAUGGGUUGGGAAAUGGAUGAGUGGGUUUUAUCAACGAAUUGAGGAUUUGCUGCGGUUUGAGUCCAGUUGGGUGGUGGUGGUUAAAAAAAAUGCAUGCUAGAUUUUAUUUUCAUUUAUUAUACCGAAUAAAACUCUUAGCGUAACCAAGUACUCUCGAUAAAGGUGCCUUUUGUAUUUGAAUCAUGUAAUCAAACUUUAAUUAAAUAAAUAUGUAUCAAAUACAG